UCGUAGCCAAGAAAGUUGAGAAGGAACUAAGUAACUGUUGGUCGGCAUUUGAAAGUUAUCUGUCGCAGGAGGAAAUCUUUUUUUAAGUAAUGGAUUGGCCAGGCAAAUCAGAGAGUACUUUCUGGAUUAGAAAGCAGCUGCACUUUUAUUGUUACUUUUGAAAGUAAGUUUUGUAGGGCAACUACAGUGGAAUACACUGUAAACCUAAAUGCCUGAAUUAGUGUAAAUGGCAUUUUGGGACAGUAAUAGGAGAUUACUGCACUGCCUGGCUUUCAUCUCGGUUUGGAGAAGUGGAUUAUUUGGAUUCAUCCGUUAAUGAAACUGUUGGAAUACUUUUUUGGGGAUUAUUAUCACUGAAAAAAAAAGGCUGAAGGGUUGCAAGGUUUCAAGUGACCAAGGAGAUACAGUGCUGCUCGGGCAAAAAUGGGUAAUAUAGAAAGUGUGGAUGGCCAGUCGGAGAUGAAGCAUCACAUCAUGCCUCUGAAGGUGCCCAUGCCUGACCCCACCGAGCUGGAGGAGAAAUUUGCCAUUGUUUUGAAUUCUAUGAACCUGCCUCCAGACAAAGCCCGGCUCCUUAGACAGUAUGACAAUGAGAAGAAAUGGGACCUGAUUUGUGACCAGGAGAGGUUUCAAGUGAAGAAUCCACCGCACACCUACAUCCAGAAAAUACGAGGAUACUUAGAUCCUGGAGUCACACGAAAGAAGUUUCGCAGGCGGGUGCAGGAAUCUACAAAAGUCUUGAGGGAGCUGGAGAUAUCCUUGAGGACAAACCACAUCGGGUGGGUCAGGGAGUUCCUCAAUGAUGAGAACAGAGGUCUCGACAUCCUGGUGGAGUACCUCUCCUUUGCCCAGUGUGCUGUCAUGUUGGAUUUUGAGGGGCUGGAGAAUGGGGAGGAUGGCUUCUUGGACAAGGCUAAAUCUUGGAGCAGGUCUAUAGAGGAUCUGCAUCAUACAAGCACCCAACCCUUCUGCAACACAUUGGUGCGUUCUGCGCGCCAGUCUGUCCUUCGCUAUGGCACAGUUUCGAACAGCAAAACCAUCAAGAACUCCCGUCUUGUGAGCCAAAAGGAUGAUGUGCAUGUGUGCAUCAUGUGCUUGAGAGCUAUCAUGAACUACCAGUAUGGCUUCAAUAUGGUCAUGUCUCACGCACACGCAGUCAAUGAAAUUGCUCUCAGCUUGAACAAUAAGAACUCACGGACAAAAGCCUUGGUCCUUGAGCUGCUGGCUGCCGUCUGUCUAGUACGAGGAGGCCACGAGAUCAUCCUCUCAGCAUUUGACAACUUCAAAGAGGUCUGCAAGGAGAAUCAUCGCUUUGAGAGACUGAUGGAUUACUUCCGCUGUGAGGAGGGAAACAUAGACUACAUGGUGGCUUGCAUGCAGUUCAUCAACAUUGUGGUCCACUCUGUGGAGGACAUGAACUUCAGAGUCCAUCUGCAGUAUGAGUUCACCAAGCUUGGACUGGAUGACUACCUGGAGAAAUGUAAACACACAGAGAGUGACAAGCUGUCGGUGCAGAUCCAGGCAUACCUGGAUAAUGUAUUUGACGUGGGUGGUCUGCUGGAAGAUGCAGAGACCAAGAAUGCAGCGCUGGAGAAGGUGGAUGAACUGGAGGAGCACCUGUCCCAUGUCACGGAGAAGCUUCUGGAGGUUGAGAAUGAAACAAUGAUGAAAGUAGCUGAUCUGGAGAAGAUGGUCCUUCAGAAGGAUAAGGAUCUGCUUGUAAUACGGGAGACGUACGAGUCGACCAACACCCAGGUCACCACCCUGAGGAGGAUGAUCAAGGAAAAGGAUGCCGCCUUCCAGAGGCACUUCAACAUCGAGAGGCGGCUGCUGGAACUGGAACAGCAAGGCACCAUCCGUUUGCACAAGAAGCCUGAUGGAGACAUUGCCAUUGAGCCACUUGGUGUUGGGGGUGGUGGUGGCAGUGGGGGCCUUGGGAUCCAUCUGGGUGACAUCAGGCAUCUAUCUUUAAGUUCAACAGCUGGGUUAACAGAAUCAGGAGUAGCAGACACCAGUUUACCCCCAGCCAGUGAAGCUCCACCCCCACCUCCUCCACCUCCACCACCGCCUCCUCCUCUUCCCUCUGCCACAGGCUCGGGUGCACCAGUCCCACCACCGCCACCUCCUCUUGCUCCACCUCUGCCAGACGCUUGUCCCUCAGUUAUUCUGAGUUUGGGUCUGUCAGCUAUCAGAAUUAAGAAGCCCAUCAAGACUAAGUUCCGCCUGCCUGUCUUUAACUGGACGGCCUUGAAGCCCAAUCAGAUCAAUGGCACAGUCUUCAACGAAAUUGAUGACGAGCGUGUGCUAGAGGAGCUGGAUCUGGAGAGGUUUGAGGAACUGUUUAAGACCAGAGCCCAGGGUCCCAUCGUAGAUCUGUCCUGUACAAAGAGCAAAGUCGCCCAGAAGGCGGUAAACAAAGUCACCCUUCUGGAUGCCAACCGCUCCAAGAACUUAGCCAUCACACUGCGAAAGGCUAACAAGACCACAGAGGAGAUUUGCAAAGCAAUAGAGAAGUUCGACCUGAAAGCCUUACCUGUCGACUUUGUGGAGUGCCUGAUGCGUUUCCUGCCCACGGAGGGGGAGGUCAAGGUGAUGCGUCAGUAUGAGCGUGAGCGGCGUCCACUGGACCAGCUAGCAGAAGAGGAUCGCUUCAUGUUAUUUUUCAGCAAGAUUGAGAGACUCACACAGAGGAUGAAUAUCAUCACCUUUGUUGGAAACUUUACUGACAAUGUCAACAUGCUAACACCACAGCUAAACGCAAUCAUUGCUGCUUCUGGCUCAGUGAAAUCCUCUCCAAAGUUGAAAAGAGUGCUUGAGAUCAUCUUAGCUUUGGGAAACUACAUGAACAGCAGCAAAAGAGGCUGUGUUUAUGGUUUCAAAUUGCAAAGUCUUGAUCUGCUGCUGGACACUAAGUCUACAGACAGAAAGAUGACAUUGCUCCACUACAUAGCUCUUAUUGUGAAAGAAAAGUACCCAGAGCUGGCCAACUUCUACAAUGAACUGCACUUUGUGGAUAAAGCUGCAGCAGUAUCUCUGGAAAAUGUGCUGCUGGAUGUCCGGGAACUGGGCAAAGGCAUGGACCUGAUCCGGAGAGAGUGCAGUCUGCAUGACCAUUCGGUGCUCAAGGGCUUCGUCCAGGCCAGUGACACACAGCUGGACAAAGUACAGAAGGACGCCAAGACAGCAGAGGAAGCCUUCAACAAUGUGGUGAACUACUUCGGAGAGAGUGCCAAGACUACUCCCCCCUCUGUUUUCUUCCCUGUGUUUGUGCGGUUUAUCAAGGCCUACAAGGAUGCAGUGGAGCAAAAUGAACAGAGGAAAAAGCAGGAGCAAGCAAUGAGAGAAAAGUUACUGGCUCAGGAGGCUAAACAGCAUGACCCCAAGGUCCAGGCUCAGAAGAAGAGGCAGCAGCAGCAUGAGCUGAUUGCAGAGCUGCGUAAGCGGCAAGCCAAAGACCACAGGCCUGUGUACGAGGGCAAGGACGGCACUAUUGAGGACAUCAUCACAGUACUGAAGAGCGUGCCCUUCACAGCCCGCACUGCUAAACGCGGCUCACGGUUCUUCUGUGAAGCCAACCUCUGUGACGACGCCAACUGCUAGCCAUUCCCCCCUAAUGCCAAGAUCUCCGAAACCAGCCUUUCCUGCGAGCUGACGCAUUGAUCCGGAGCGGUUGGAAGAGACCCUAAACCACUUAUUCGUCACUUAUACUCCCCUCCCCAUUAUAACCCUCCUUCCCUGUGUCCCGACGGUCCAUCUCAACCCUGAGGCUGCAGAUCACAAAGACUGAAAAGAGGGGACAGGACAGAGCCCUUGUUUUAGCUGGGUAAUUUAUUUAUUUAUGGAGGCCCUUCACAGACACUUUAAGUGAGCAGGCAUCAUUACAGAAGCACAAUGGGCUGCUCCUCUCUGGCUGCAAGCACGAAAGACUUUCCCUGCUCUGUUUGCGCUGAGGCAUAGACCAGGACAUACAGGUGAGGUGAGUUGAGGACUGGUGGACCACGAAACAGGAAGAACGCUUUCUCUAAACAAGUGCCUGCCAACAUGUGGAUCUUAUUCCCAAGACUAUUAAUUUCCUCAGAUUAUGCAGUCAUACAGUAGCAGGAUUUAGACUGGGAGGCAGCCAAGUGAAGAUGCCAACUCUGCUGCUGGGACAUUUGCCUUGAAGACACUCGCAAAACCUUCCUCCAAAUAACAGAGUAGCUUGAUAUGACAAUGAGACAUUUGGGGACUGUUUCCUCACAUACAUCACAUUUAAUCAAGACUUAAUGUUGACACUUGUUUAUUUAGAUUUCAAACUCAUAUAUAGCUGGGAGUAAAAACUAUAAGAUUCUUUUUUUUCUCAUGGAUGAGCUAGCCAAACCAAAAUGUCUCGAAUGUCUCAUGUUUUGCUUAAGAAGUGCCUUUUGUGUAAACAGUGUUAUUUCUUGUGAGUCAGCCAUAAUUUGUUUAUUUUACACCUUUCAUUUGUUAAAGAUCGUAUUUUUUAUUGCCUUGUACUAUAACAUUGUCCUUAUGAUACUGACAAGAAAUAUUCAAAAGGUGAAAUUUCCAGCUUUAAAGGCACACAACAAUUAGAAGGUUAGGGGACUAAUGCAAAAAGGAGAACUUUGAAGAUGGAGUCUUUAUUUACCUCUCUAGUACAUAAUUGCAUUUAAGCUCAUAACAGUUGACAAGUUUUUUGUGCCUUGUCCAAGUGACUGAAACUGAAUGUUAUACCCUGACAACACUUUCCGUCACAUUCUCAAGUGACAUUUUGGAAGUGACUGAAGACGAUGAUUCCACACGGACAGCUGUUUAAGGGCUCAGAUGAUGUCGGGUUGACCUGCUAUAUGUGGUGAUGGAUGAAGGAUAUUUUAAAGCUUUUUUUAUACCUUUAUCUUAAUAGAGAUAAUCCCUUUCCUCCUAACAGACUGUGUUCAGAUAUGAUAUUGGCACAAAGGGACCGACCGUCUUUACACUACUUAAUUUGGCUUAACAUUGUAUGACACUAUUCUUUAAGUGGACCUUUAUAUUAAUGUACAUUCCAAGCAAGAACUUUACUUUUGAGAAAGAAUGAUCCAUGAUAUUGUCCAUUGACUGAAAGAUGACACUUCCUGUUUAAUAAAUAAAUAGAUUAUGUAAUAACUACAAGACUGUCAUUACAGUGCCGGAGUAUUAAAGCAAAAGGCUGCUGGUCUUUCUUUGAUGAAGCAACAUUCAAACAAGCAGUUUCUCU